GUUCGCUUUUCUCCGUGUGCCUUUUAAAGUACUAAUGUUAUGUGGAGGAAACAGAAUUGUUGCUGGCUGUCUGACACCAUCUGCAUUUUUUAUUAAUAACUUGUUUAAUAAAACAUUUUAUAAUUUUCACUUAUUCUUUAAAGUUGCUGAUCGGGAAACAAUACACAUAGAAGUAAAUUAUGCAUGGGAAAAAUUAGGACAAAAGCAGUAGGACACAUAAUAGGGGAAGGGAUGCAGUGCACCGUAUUUUAUCCUCAUGUGUCCUUCCUGACAAUGAAAGGGAGCUGAAUGACAUUUGCAUUUCCUCUGUCUGCGUUUUGAUUGUAUCUCAACACCCACAAACGCCCCCUACAGAAACUGGCCACACAAAGGUUUUGCUCUGAGAUGGGGGACAAUGUAGAGUCUGAGAAAUCCUGCCUCAGGUAUCAAGCAGCUCCCUGAGUGUGCUUGUGCAUUUAAGUGUGUCCAAAAUUCAGUUUAUCUCUGGCACUUGGACACGUAUGUGGCCUUGGUCAUACUAGACUAGUCUCUCAGGAUAAUGUAUUCCAGUGUACCUUACAUUACACAGAAUAGCUCAGUGUGUGGAGUCCCUUAUUAAUGAUUGGCACCUCCUUACACUCAGCCUGCCUCCUUUUCCAUCUAGAACUCUUUUCUCACUUUCUGGUUCUUUUUUCGUGCUUUCAACUCUUUGCUCUUCUCUGCUUCCUCUGGUGAUCAAAUCAACCUGACACAACUGCCUGCUAUUCCUACCAUUUAAUACCUUGUUGUUUACCAGCAUGGUGCUACAGGCAAAAAUAUCAGAAAUCCAAGUUUAACAGAUCUGCAAGGGAAAGGCAGCAGGUGUCUGGAUAAACACAUUCUUCUUCAUCUGUAAAAGAGGCAACAUUCAGAUAGUUUUGAUGAGACAGUAGUGGAUUUGAAGUGUUGGAUUUGUUGGGUUGGUUUUGUUUUUGUUUUUCCUCCACUAGCCUGUGUAUGUAUCUCCAAAGUUUUUCAUUCCAUCUUCUUCUCUUUUGGCUAUCUUAAUAAGAAGACAUUUGAGUGGUGCAGUAGAAGAAACAAAAAAGUUUAAAAGUAUCCUGAAUUAUUUCAAAUGUCAGUCAGAAAUGUCAACGAACUUCAUAAACACCAAUUAAUUAAACCUUUCAACACCCCCGUGAAGAAAGGGUUACUGCCUUUGUUUUAUGGUUGGCUAAACUAGGACAAAGUGGUUCAAAAACUUUCUAAUUCAAAGAUCAAGUCUAGAAUGCAGCUGUUCAACUUCCACUCUUAGCAUCUAGUCCCAUUUCCUCUGUCUCUGCCUUAUUAGCGAUGUGCAUAUGGUACCAUAAUGCAUUUAAUGUAAUUAAGACCUUGUAAUUUAUAAAGUCUUAUCUAGGAGCAGAGCUGGUUCCCCCUCCACCCCUACUCUGUCGUUGUUCCCACAGCCGACUUUUAUUUCAGGUUGUCAAUUAAACAUUCUCACUGGAGCACAGAUUAGGCUACUGUCUUUUCGGCAUGUGAGAUUCCCGCACACCGUGUAGCUCUGCCUUGGUGCUCACCAGAGGAGCUGUUGCCUUCCAGUAGUGUGGCUGGUGCUGGUGCUCUCCCUUUCUUCUGCUCAAGACUCUGGUACAAAAGAGGCUAACUCAGGCACAAAUGCUAGGCUAGGUCACUUUCAUGCUGACUAUUGCUGAAUAACUUUGAUGUGCUUGGGGACACUUAUUCCCUGCCAGGUGUCUGCGGACUGGAUCAUUGCAGACUUGUGUGCACAGUGCUAGAGCUGACCUUAUAAACCCUACCAGGCCUGGUCUGCCCCUGUGUUCCAACUGCAAUCACAUAGCAGCGGUCAGUUGUCCAAUUCCUGUACCUUCUCAGAUAAAAUUGCCUUGACAGCCAGCUCCAACCCCUGGGCUGCCAGCUGGCCAUUCUUGUGAUGAUGAAUACUGUAGCAUGAGACACCUCUGAAGAAAUGGUCUGUUCGUGUCAGCAACAGGCCAACAUGGGUCUUGAGAUCUUGUACGGCAAGAGUAUUUCGAUAGUGAUAACUCUGGCUUGAAUUCAAGCUGGGGACUCUUAACUGGAAGGUCCCAUAUGCCAUUACCCAUCUCCAAAACAGCCUUACAUCCUGAUCAAGUGCUGAUGAAGACUGAUUUUUUUUAAAAAAUUUCUUUAUUUAUUUAUUUUUAGGAGGGGGUAUCCUGUUGCAUAAGCAUCUUAUUGCCGAUUUUUAAUAUUAAAUUGAAACUAUAGUGUGCAAUGCUGCUUUCAGCUGGUGGAAGCAAUAAAAUAGACAGACAGUUAGGUUGCCAGUUCAGUGUUUACAAGUGAUGUGGAGGUGAUUUUAAUGUGGCUUUGCAGAAGGGAAUUUUCUUCUGCUUGACAGAACAGUGUUGUUGGGCACAUUAAAUCACAUACCAAAAUCUCUACAGCAUUUCCAGUGUGACUCUGAAGUCACUUAAAAACAUAAAUGAGCCCUAGUGUGACACAUUUCAAACCCAAACUGUUGUCCUCAUGAAAACGGUAUCAUCUGUAUCAGUACCAGCUUCCAGAGAAAGCGAGGGACAAAUGUUAUUGUAUUUAUGCAGAGAAACAUGAGCAUAAAGCUGCAGUCACCGGGGGCAGAGAAGCCAAGUUAAGAAGACGUGUUGAUACACUGGUUUGAAUAUGAGAGUCUGAUAAAUGGUACGUUACUAGAAUUACAGUGUUAUGUCUGGUUCCAUGAGUUGCUUGUGCAUGAUUAGCUGCAGUGCUUUUGUAAUUUUGUUUUGUUGGUGUUGUAGCCUUUUGUAAUCUGUCCAGUUGUAUGGCUGAAUGGAGGUUGCAUCAUAAAACUGUUGCUAAAGAAAAAGUUUUAAAAACAUAUGAUUUGUGGCAUGUGGAAACAAUAUUGACCUGUGUGGGUUGGGCUACAGAAGCCUAAAGGUAUGAUUUUUUGAAGAGUGCAAUAAUUUCAAGGUAAGCAUAUGUCCAGUGGGCUGGGUGCAUAAUGCCUGUGAGAUUGGAUCCACAGUGUCCGACUGGAAACAGUUCACUCAGACCACUCAGAAGUCUGGUACACAAAUCAAAAUGGGACUCUGUCUUCAGUCUGAGUCGCAGUGAAGGUAAUGUGGCUCACCCUUUGUGUAGCCUAAUGAAAAUUGAUUUCUUCCUCUGCCUUCCUAAAACUGCAAGUGUAGUGUUUGGAGGUUGUUCCCAAGAGCAGACAUUGUCCGUCUUGUGUAAGUGUCCUCUGCAAUUUAUGAUCAUUGGCUGUACCUCUGGUGUCCCGAAAUGAGGCAUUCCAACACUCCCAUUGGCUGCGAAUAAACCAUCUUUUAGGAUUGUCAUUUGCCUAGUCUGGUGUUUUCUCACUCUGGUUUGUCUUUCAUAUCAGAGCUGAAUUUCUUUGCUUGGUAGAUCAAUUUUACAAUCUUGGUAUUUAUUCUGGGCUCAUCACUGUGUUGUCUGUAUGUGAUGUUGCCUUGAGCAAGAACCAUCCCUGUGUUGUUUAUCCCCGAGGACUUGUAUGAGUGGAAUGAAUCUGUUUCGGGAGCUGACGUUUUUCUCCCUUGGACAGACCGACCUCUGAUCUGCGCUCCCCUGGCUGGGGUGACAUACUCCCAUGUGCAGAGAGGCAGCACCAAGGCAGCGUUGCUGAAGGCCUGUUCUGAGGGCUUCGUUAGGACUGUGCGGCUCUGCCAGCUUUCCUGACAGCUCAGCCCAGGAUGCAGAGGCUGAGGUGUGUUCAUUGCCUCUUUAGUGCAGGUCCCAGCUGUAGCACCGGUGUGUUUCUCUUAAGGAAGGUUGUCUCAUCAACACAAUCUAAAAUAAAGCAUAGUUUUAAAAUACCCCCUUUUAAAAAAACAAAGACAAACAAACAAACAAAACAUGAACCAAAAUUUUUCAGAUGGAAGUAUUUCUUUCUUGUCUUUAAAAACUUCUCUACAACUUGUGGAAAAACCCAAAUACACUUGACUAGUGUGUGAGCAGCAGAAAAUGGUUUUAAUUUCUACUUUCUUAUUUCAAAAGAAAGAGCAGAACUGCCCAGUGUAUUUUCACUGUCUAAACUGAGUGACACGUGUCACAAAUAUCAUGCGUGCUUGAAUACUGAAUGUUUAAAAUUCUUAUUUAUCUUUAAUAGCCUAAAUUAUCAGAAGUAUGACACCUGUUUUUUUUUUUUUUAAAUUGUUGUAUAUGGUUUAUUUCCCAGCAGAGCGUAUUUUAACCACAGAUUCCCAGCAGAUGUCUCAGAGAAGAAUAAUGCAGUGUCUCUCCGGCUGCUGGCAAAUAUCCUUCUCACACCCCCAACCCCUCCAGUGUGGCACUAGCAGGAGUAUGUCAGCGUGUGUCUCAGUUUUCAGGUUACCUGCCUGAGCCAGGUGUGGUCAGAGAGCUGCAAUUCCAGCGGCAUAGAAGGCUGUACUGGCAUCCAGCUCUGUCUGAGGGAGGCUUCACUGGGAGGCAGUGGAGCAGAGAGAGCUGGGCAGGGACAGGCACUGGUGCACGAGGUGGCUGUGACCGGCAGCCUGUGCUCGCCAAAUCCCGAGGCAUUAAUUUCGCGUUCUGCUGAGCUGUAGCUGGGAAAGAGUCCCCUGCCCAGGUGUUGGUGGGGACACUGACUACAUCAAUGUUAUUCUUCUGGUGAGAAAGGCUGGAAGCGAUGUUUAAUAUUGCAGUCCCUUGUGACAGAACUGAUCCAACCUAAAUGAGGAUCAUCUCUCCAUUCAUACAACUCCAUGAUUUGUGUCAGUCUUUGAUAAUGCUGUCCUUGCUUACUGAUAAUUUUUGUAAAUUAAUACAAAAAGCCAGCUGUAACGUGUAUGAAAUCUUAGUAUGCAAAAGAAAGGAACCCCACACAACUUAUGGUUUCUUCCCAUUGUUUCUUCUCAGAUUCCCCCUUGUGAUACAAGGUGCAAGGCCUUGGUUAAGAAGUUGAGCUAAAUUCUCUGCAAACACAUGGCUCGCUUCUGGCAUUUUAGGUCUUGAAAAUCUAAAUAGGUUGGAUGGUGCAAAGAAAAUGAGGUGCAGCACAGUGAAAUAAGGCUGUGCCCCGAGCUGGUUAAUUCCAGUCUGCCCUACCGCAUCAGCUGGCAGGGCUGAUGUGAUCUGAUCAGAUGCGGGCAUGCUACUCCUGCCAAAACGCAAAGUACAGUGCUUAUGCUGCUUUUAUGCUUUGAGUUGGCUUUGUGCUAGCCACAGGAAGACAGAUUAUGCCUGUUGGAACAAAAUUUCCUCUUGAAAAUGUUUUGGGUGCUUUUCACGUUUUGGAAGAAUAAGUGAACACCAGUUCAGUGCUUUGUGUGGCAUGGCUGUGAAAUUUUUGGUCUGGUUUUAGGAACUUUGCAGUUUCUAGUGUUCCCCUGGAUCCACAGCCUGACGUGGUUAGUCACAGAGUUGAGAGAAAAGUUGAAAUGGCUGGAGUUAUAGCCCAGAUAGUUCACUAUCCAGUGAACAGUGGUAUAGGGAAACUUAUAAUGGGGGCACAAAGUUACUAUUAUUUCUUCAAGGGAAAGUAAUGUCCAUUUCCUUCAAGAACAGUUCUGAAGAAAGUCAUACAUGGAUUUGUGACUGUUCAAGUAUUUUGGUCCAAAUAUUGUUUCCUGAGAAGACUGUGUUUAGUCAAUUUUGGGGACAAAUAUAUUUUAUGUUUAUGAUUACUUUAAAACAAAUGCAAUCUGAAUAGGAAUAAUGGAACAGCUCCAGAAAGCUGUUUUACUGCUGAACUCCGUUAGUCUUGACCAUGAAUAAAAACUGCAUCGUGUUUGAGGUUGCUAUCCUACUGAUUGUUCAAAGAAACCACUCACCGAUAUCCAACACCAGAAAUUUUAACAUCAACCCACUCUACGAACUCACCCUGAUUGCCUUUUAAAACAAACAAACAAAACACACGCACAAAAACCAAACAAACCCCCGAAACUACUAAAGAGGAUUUUGAAGACUGUAGGUUUUUGUGUUUUCUAUGGAUUCUUUAUACUUUAAAGUUUCAGUUCAUUAGUAUAUACCUGUUGAUGUGGAAUAACAAAUGAAUCAGGAGCACAAUUUUAAUUCAGAGAUUAGUACCUUUUAUAGUUGGGGCAGUGCAGGGUAAGAGGCCUGUGAGAUGUGGUGGGUGAGGGUUGAUGGUGGGAAGACUCUGCAGUGAGCUCUUUCUCCACAAGUGUGGAGAAACCCUCUUGAUUGCAGCAUGAAGAUACCUCUCCUACUGCAUCAUUGUAUCUGACUGGCCCUUUAAUAUUUAGGAGAUGCUUCUCCAAAAGAAUGUGUCCCUCUAUUAAUUUUGGUGAUGUUAGUCCUUCCUGAUCAAAUGGCUUAGGAAUGGAAGUGAUGUUAGCACCUUCCCAAGUAGAAUGGGGCCCUGAAGACUUCUCGCUUCUCUCCUCCUGUGCUGAUACAAAUUAAUGAGAACUUGGUUGGGUUACUUGUUGGUAUGUUGGUGUCAAACAGGCAUUCCUGAGGUUGAAAUCUAACAAAAAAAUGUUUAUGGGGGAAAUAUGUGGAAAAUCCUUCUCAAUUUCUGGUCACCAGACCUGAUCUUUGAUUUUAUUUAUUUAUUUAUUUGUUUGUUUAUUUAUUUAUUUAUUUAUUGGUGGGUAGUCUCAGUGAAAUAUUUUAUGUUCUCUGAGCUUUCCUCUCCCCUGCCUCCCAACCUCUUUCCCCCAUUGACCUCUACAAGCUCAGUCCUAGCUGUUGAUUUAUCAGGGCAGGCUAGCUCAGCACUGUGUGGAGAUUGCUUUUAAUUAACUCUCUUCAUUUUUUCCAGCCUUCAGGGAGCAGCAACCCUUUAAUGAUUUUAAUAUUUUAUCUGGAUUUACAUCCACCUUAUGUGUUGUUUGUUGUUCUGCUUCCUUACCUGUUCUUCUUGAGUCAUUUCCCAAAAUGAAAUGUUUGUUUCAGGCCUCUCAUUCAGCUUGAGGAGGAGGUUUUUUUAAUGACUUCUGGACUGGGAGGAUGGACUCUCUACGGUCUACCCUGGUGUUUUGGAGGAGGAUGGAGAGUAUGAGGUGAUGCAUUUUGGUGUUGUCUUGGAACAACACUGGCAUCAGUGUUCUGCCUCUGUGCACAGGGAGAGGCAGCUUUUUUCCCUGGUUGCAGCAUGGCAGAUCAGAGCCCACUGAAUUAAAUCUGACCCUUGACUUUUUGUAUGGCAUAGGCAAGUCAUGAGUUUAUUUUCACAGUCAGAUCUGACUCUCAUGCUAGUCAGGCUGAGUAGAGGAGCAGUAAUGUAAUUACCUGUCGCUCAUAUGUAGUUGACUUCUUGUGCGUGAAUACAGGUCUAAAGGAGAGUUCCUCUUUACCUGCAAAAGACUACCUCUGCCUACUGUGAGUAACUCUACCACAUGAGAUUUCUUCAGACUGAGCAGGAAGCAGCUCUACAAAAUUUCUCCCACCUGGAGUUUUCUCGCUAUGUAUCCUACAAUGAAGAUUUCAGAAGGUACCGGCAUGAAAGAAUUAGGAAAAAUAUACGUUAUUUGUAAUGUAAAGUAUGUGGCACUUACAUGCCAGAGCAGGAAAAUGCUUUAUAAUCAUGCUUAAAAUAAGCAUCACAGUUCCUUUUGUGGGAUUAUUUUCUCCAUUCUUCUGAUAGGAGGAAUGGCGUGCACUGACUUGGUGAUGGCCACACUAGUCAAACCGUAAACCAUUGACAAAAUUGGAGGUUAAGAAUCCAUGUUGCUUUGCUUUUGGUGUUGAGUGUCAGCAUAAGAGUGGUAUGUUGAAAGUGAAUCCUUUCUUGGUAGCACUUCCAUGGCUGAGAUGAAAUUAGAGGCGUGGAAAAAUGGUGGGAAAGUGAGUUAAGACUGUCUGUCCAGUUCUGAUGGAAGAAGUUCACCAAUAGAUAUUGCUAAACCAUCCUUAGUGGCAGUGGAUUAUGCCUAGAGCUGAUAAAGGCACUGUUGGGGUGCAAAGAUUUUACCACGGAAAUAAACCAAGUGGCAAGUAGUUCUGCGUUUCAAAAUAUACAUCCUGCGCACCAGACAGUCUGUUAAGUACAAUUCGUGCAUUGUAUUCAAAGUCAUCAGUGUGAGAAUGGUUUGACUCAAUUUAUUUUACAAGGCUACUUGUAAGCAUGUGUAAGUGUAUUAAAAGCCCCCGUGUUAAAAUGGCAGAAGAAAUAAAGAAGUUCCCAGAUCUCUAGUCCUCCCUGACUGAGGAAAGUGACUGUCAGACACCAGCUGAAGGGAACACAGUCAUGGGUGCUACUUAUCAAAAUGUUGGCAGUGCAUCACCAUGUAAGAUCACCUGUGUCAUCUGGUCUGUGGUUUGUGUUUUUGUCUUUCCUAUCUUCCUCUGCAGUCUACCUUACUUUAAAGAAAUAAUUGUUUGGGUGUAUUUUUUUUUCCACGUUGUUGCUGCGAUUCCACAGUAACUAACUCCUGGCAUUCUCAUCUGACCAGAUUGCAAAUGUAUCUGGUUCAGGUAUUCAUUCUGCUGAGUAGAUCUGAAAGUAAAUUCCCUCCUCCCCUAUUAUUAACUUUCUAGUUUUGUUUCCACAACUAACUUAGCCGCAAAGUCCUAGGGUUAUGGGAGGCUGUCUCUCCUGACACGUCUUCCGAAUUCCUCACUGCUAAACACAUGCCGUGCACAGUCAAAACCUGUGGCCCUCAGAAGGCAGUCUAUUUCCCAGGCUGCUGUUUCCAGCUACCUUCUCCUCCAUGCACCCCUUGGAGGGGAAGAGGAGGAACAGCUGAGGGCUGAGCACUCUGCCUUUGGGAAAGGCUCUGACCUGAAAAUGGAUUGCAAUUCCAGCCAAAUGGUUCCUCCCCUUGGUAACAGAAUUGCACGCCUGGGCUCUGAGCUCUUUGCAUUAAUUCCAUCUCUGCUAAACUUUCCCAGUCAAUUAACCAUGUCCAUCUCCUGCUUUAGCAGCCACAUGUGCAUUUUCUGCCGCAGCAGGGUUUUGGAACAGUAAGUCCCUGCAGCCCUUGCUGCAGCAGUUUUCCUCCAGCAGCUUCUCUCAAGCAUGGUUAUCAAUCAGGACCUGUCAGGUUUUUCCCUCCGACACAUCUGUUUUCAGGGCUAUGGGACUCUGACCUUUUGCUUUUGUCUUUUAAGUACUAUUUUUUCCAAUAGGGGCCAACUCAAAUGCUGAGUGUUAGGUCUUCAUACUGGUACAAAAGCUGCAUGAAAAUUCCAGGCUUAGAGUGAGGAGAUUCUGCUGAAGCUGGAUAUUUUGGUUUCUGUCAUUUUGCCUUCCCUCAGUUUUAAUUUUACUUGUCAAAAAGCCUCAUUAAGCUUCUUGUGUGGUGCUCCAGGCAGCACCUGCAGUGCAGAGGUCUCCUCAGAGUAGGUGGCUAACAGGACUGGAUGAAAGAUGAGGGAGUUCUUGGAGUCUGAAGAGUCUGGGAGAUGCUCACCCAUGGGGUUUGAUAUUGACUACCUUUGAAGGAAAUUCUGCACACGCUUUUGGGAGAACAGUUUGGAUGCUGGCAUUAGUGGUCUCUUGGCAAAGCACUUAAGGGGUCAUGACAGUGGCUUGAACAUUAUUUUCUUGCAUGUUGAACUACCAUCAAGGGUCUGGUUGGGUUAGAGUGCUUAUUAAAGCAAGAGGCUGUGCUUAAUAUCUUGUCUUGAUCAUGUGGGUGAGCCUGGUCCUGUUUCUAGUGGGUAAGUACCUGUAUUGUAAAGACUGCCAUCCCAGUUGGAACUAAUUGGUUCCUGUGUGGGUACUUUCAGCUGAGAAGACAAAGGCUGAAUUGGCCACAGAGGCUCAAUUAAUAGAAGUGUAGAUUUAAAAGAGGUUCCUAGGUCUUAUGUCCAGUGCCCUGGUACCAUGUCAGAUAAUCCCUUUCAUAAACUGAAAAGUCCUUGUCUUAAAUCCCCACUUGGACUGUUUGUUCCCAUUACUCUUCUUGGGAGGGUUCCAGAACCCACUGCUCUGGUGGCUGGAAAUAGCAUUUUAAUCCCUAGCCUGGCCCUACUUGUGACCAGUUUAUACCCAUUUGUUCUGGUGCCAGCAUGGAGUUGUUAGUUUAAAUACUAUUGCCCCCUCCAUGUUGUCUUCUCCACUGUCAUGCAUUUGUACAACACUAUUAUAAGCCCUCUCAGCCUUUGUUUUGAUAUACUAAACUGCCUGUGCUAUCUUUUCCUUUCCUUUGAUCACUGGAGUAUUUAUUGUCUUGGCCUUCUCUACUCCAGCUUGGAUUACUCACAUUCAGCUUUCCUGAGUGGGAGUAGAUAGAAUUGUGCUCUACUCCAGGUGAGGUUUUGCCCUCUACAAUAACAUUAUUUUUUACCUCUUCUGGGACCCCCUUGCUUCUCCGUUUGUUUGUGGUUGUGUUGUGCUGGUGGUUUGUACUCAUCCUGUGGUAGACAGAUACUGUUACGUUUCUUCUCCUGUCCUUUCAGCUGUUGUUGUUGAGAUGAUGAUCUCCAGGGUACUAAGUGAAUGUUACACUGAAUUAAUCUAAUUCUUCUUGCCUGAUAUUCUUAAUUUCCUUUAUGUCCUUCAACUUGUCUAGGUGGCUAACUUUUAUCAGCACACAUACUUUUUUGUACCAAGGUCAUUAGUGGAAAUACUGAAUAAGAUCAGUCCCCAGACCAAUCCUUUCUAGAACUCCAGAAGUAACCUCUUGCCAGCCAAUUACUGUAUCUGGUAGGACUUUACCUGUGUCCAACCCUCUUUCAGUGUUCUGUCAGUCCUAUCACCAUUCUUGUACUAAUCCUCAUCUUCUCAAUUUACAGUAAUUUUUCAUGUAGCACUGUAUGAAACAUUUUCUGAAAGUCCAAAUAGCUAAGAAGAUGUCUAGAAUAUCAGUAUCUUGUGAAAGCAAGAUACCAAGUUAUUCUGGUACAAGGUAUGGAUCUUGCAUCUCAGUUGUAUCCUUGUUCAAGAGUGUCCUUUAUCAUUUUGCAUUUAAAAAACCGCAUGUGAGUAAACUCUGGCUCAGCCUUACUGCAAUAAUUAGCAAGGUUUGUGAUCUAAAACAAUUAACAAAGAGUAUUUUAAUUUGCUUGCUAUACUUCAGUAAUAUAGUAGUAACCAUGCUUUGCAGUAUCUGUUUAAAGAACUUGUUAGUAGAUGUAUGGUUCCAUGUUGCAGUUCUUGGGCAGAGAUUAUUCAGAAUUUAUGCCUUGACUGCACAAAUGUCUUUGUGGCUUCCACCUCAGUCAUCUCACUGAAGCACAGCAUUCCUUUAGUUCUUGGCCUGUACCUACGUUAUAUUUAAUCUAUAUACCAUUCUAACUGCAAAACAGCUGAACUUUCUUCAACUGCUUUUAUUUUGAUGUCUGAAGAAUAGUACUAUUUUUUAAUAGCUUUUGUAAGUUCUAACUCUUGACUUUGGCAAUUCUCUCUAUGCUUCCUGACCUUUAAGAUCCAGUUUUUUAUUCUAUUACUACUGUUUUCUGCUCCUGAAGGGUGUCUGUUUAAUUUUGAUAGCCUUUUCAAGGUAAUUAUUCAGCCAAUAACUUCUCCAGUCUUUCCAUACGAGCUUCAAACAAAAGAAAUUCCCCAAGUUCUGCUGUAUUCCACUCCUCCCAUGAUUAAGAAGCAGGUUUAAAGCACUCAGGAACAGGUUUAAAGCACUUGGUGAUGGUGAUGGGAAUUAUACGAUUUUGUACGUAUUUUUGUACUGCAGAAGACUUAGGCCAUGUUGAUCUAGGGCAAGCAGGGGCAGUUCCGCUUAAUAUUAAGUUGUUUUACUUAAUUAGAUCAUGCCUUAAUGUGGCUUUUAAAAAGCUCAUCAAUGUAAAACAAUGUUGCAUCUUUCACUGGAGUUGCAACCGUUAAGUAAAAAUCCAGAUGAGCAACAUAAAGUUGAUACUUUCUUAAAUGGCCUUGUUCCAUUUUUGUGUGAUGUUAUCAGUCUUACUCAGAAAAAAAAAAUGUGUGUAUGCAUAACAUAUAUAUUUGUGUGCAUCUAUACUAUAGGAAAGAAAGAACAUGUUUACAGAUGGUGUUUAGAAAAACAUAGUGUUGUUCCUUAAUCAAUGUCUUUGCAUUUAAAUAUUUCCAUCAGUAUGUGGUUCAACUCCUUCCUACCGGUCAGUUUCAAAAAAUUCAUAUAAAUAGGAAAAAAUGAUACAUGUACACUCUUUUUUUUUUUUUUUUUUACCUUACUAGGAGAAACUUCAAAAAAUAUUACAGCACUCUUUGGAUCAAUGCAUAUCCCAGCAAUCCCUUGCAUAAGUGACCUAAAAUUGUGUGAUCAAACCUCUUCUCCCCUCCCCAUCCCUAGAGAGAUAUUUGUAAUUAGAUAAAAUGAGGACAGAAUAUGCAUAAGUAUCUGUUAUGCUGGGAUUCCUGCCCAGAAAGGAAACUAAUGGCCUGAGCUGGCCAUAAUCUUUUGCACCCUGUGUACUAUUGACAAGCCUACAGCCUGAGACUUCGAGAGUUCAGGAGCAGAUUUUUGCUGCUGUCUUGUGGUAACCUUUCUAAAUUGACUUUUCCAAAACAAGUGGAAUUACAUAGCCUACAUUUUACUCGUCAUUCAUUGUUGGGGAUAUUUGCUUGUAAGAGAGGGCCUGAUUCUUUAGUCUCAUGCCUAUUGCAGUGAAAGCGAGUUUAGAUUGCUGCUUCUGUGGUCUGAAAGUGUUUCACAUUCACUUUGCCUAGAUGUGAGUGACCACAUGAGGUGCAAGACAGUGGAGAGCUGUGACUGGAGUUGCUGGUUAUUUUUUUCCAUCUCACCUAGCAAUUACUGCUUGUGUCUGCUUCUUCAGAGGAAAGGACAGUGGGGUUCUGUGGGCAAAUUCAGCUCUCUCUGCUCAAACUAAGUCGUCUCGUUGAAGUCUGUGUGACAGGUUUUGUGAUGUUGUGGUGCUACACGAUGCAAGAGGAUCAGACUCGGGGACCAGUUCUACAAAGAAGCAAUUGAGCACUGUCGCAGCUACAACUCUCGGCUGUGCGCUGAGCGAAGCGUCCGACUUCCCUUCCUGGAUUCACAAACUGGAGUAGCUCAGAACAACUGCUACAUCUGGAUGGAGAAGAGGCACAGGGGACCAGGCCUGGCCCCAGGUCAGCUGUACACGUACCCAGCACGUUGCUGGCGCAAAAAGAGGCGUUUGCAUCCCCCCGAGGAUUCCAGGCUGAAGUUGCUGGAAAUUAAACCUGAAGUGGAUCUGCCUCUUAAAAAAGAUGGGUUCACAUCAGAAAGUACGACUCUGGAAGCUUUGCUACGUGGAGAGGGAAUAGAGAAAAAAAUGGACACUAAAGAGGAAGACACUAUACAAGAAAUCCAGAGGGUUUUAGAAAAUGAUGAAAAUGCAGAUGAAGUGAAUGAGGAAGAGGAUUUGGAAGAAGAUAUUCCAAAACGAAAGAACAGGCCUAGAGGACGGCCAAAGACCCCCACCUGGAAAAAAAUUUUCCAGAAAAAUGCUCGGGGAUCUGGAGGUGGCAGGAGACGGAAUGAUGCUGCCUCCCAGGAUGAUCACGACAAACCCUAUGUUUGUGACAAUAGUUACAAACAAAAGCAUAACUCAAAAAUCUCCGACAAAGUCUGUGGCAAGCGUUACAAGAACAGGCCUGGUCUGAGCUACCACUACGCUCACACCCACCUCGCCAGCGAAGAGGGUGACGAAGCCCGCGAGCAGGAGACCCGCUCUUCCCCUGUCCACAGAAACGAGAACCACAAACCCCAGAAAGGACCAGACGGGGUCAUCAUUCCCAAUAACUACUGUGACUUCUGCCUUGGAGGCUCGAAUAUGAACAAAAAAAGUGGCCGGCCUGAGGAACUUGUAUCAUGCUCAGACUGUGGGCGCUCUGGACAUCCGACCUGCCUGCAGUUCACCACAAACAUGACUGAGGCUGUUAAAACCUAUCAGUGGCAGUGCAUUGAGUGCAAAUCCUGCAGCCUUUGUGGGACCUCUGAGAAUGAUGACCAGCUGCUCUUCUGUGAUGACUGUGACCGUGGCUAUCACAUGUAUUGCUUGAAUCCACCAGUCUUUGAGCCCCCAGAAGGGAGCUGGAGUUGUCAUUUGUGCCGGGAGCUGCUCAGAGAAAGAGCAUCAGCUUUUGGCUUCCAGGCCUGAGGAGCUCCAGCAGUCAAGACACACUUUUCUCCUGGUGUUGCCAUACCAGCACACAAUUCCCAUCCAGAACGCAAAGACACAACCCACAUCAAAACGAAUGGACACUCAAAUACAGGAAGAGGUAUCUGUGGUAUUCACUGUCACUAAGGCCGUACCUCCUGAGCUCUACUACAAGGAUCGUGUACUUGCCCAGUGCUCCAGAUGAAAUCUCUUCACUGCUACGCAUGGUUGCUGCUUGCCUUUACAGGCUCACAUGCAUUAUAGAAGGGGGAGGGUUGUUAUGUCAACAUGGAGAAGUCAAUUUUGUGUGGCCUUGUGCUUUCUGUUUAGUCUUCUUUUUAAAGAAGAAGUAAUAAGAUAUCUCCUAAGGAACUGUUGGUGAGUACUUUGGCUGGGAGCAGCACCAGUUGUUUCUCUUCACAGGCUCAACUGGAAAUCUCCUUAAUGCAACCACUCUCUGUUCAUAGGAAGCUCCGAGGGUUGCAUUAGUUUGAUACUUCCCGGUGAUCAUGAACAACAUGUCAUUGAGAGAAGCACUGAGCAAAAAUUUUUGGGUUGCUGUUUUCUCCCUUGCAUCAAAUGCUCUGAUUUGGCAGAUCUCUAGAAAUGGGAUUUUAGUAUCUCUGAAGGAAGAACAGUACCAGUGUGUACACAUAUAGAUGCUUAGAAAAGUCCACUGUCUUCGGUAUUUCAGGGUAUUCAGGCACACUGUACCACUGCAGUGCCAGCAUACAGUCCAGACACAUCUUCUUUUUGUUGUUGUUCAAAAAAUUAUGAAUGGUUAUGUAUGAAACUGACUUGCUGUUUUGCUCAGAAAAGUGAACAAAAGAAAAAUGUCAUCUUAAGUUCAUCAUAGAAAGUAAAGUUGUCAGUUUUCUGAGCAAUCUAAAAUAAGCUGCAAAAAGGAACAACUUUGGCUUAGGGUCAAAUGAAGCACUUUUGAUUAGUUUUUUGAAAUUUCAAGACUAAAAUGUUCUGCAACUGAAAGCUGCAUUUUAUUCUGGGAACUGCCUAAUCAGGACUUCCAGUAUUUCCUAACUGUUACUUUUUUUUAUCAAAGUAAUUAUAAAGAUCUAGCUGAAUUUUGGCAUAAUUUUGCCCCCCAAACUCUCUACAACCACAUUUUUGGCAACCAUGGUAAUUUGGCAAAAAUCUUCCCCAGCUCUAAAGAAGGGAAUAAGAAAGAUUUUCAUAAGUAUUUUUAAAUUUAGAUAAAAUACUUGUGCUUUAUUGAAACACACCUCUACAUGUGAAAUGAAGAAACAUUAAGCAAGAGUAUCAAUUGAAAAGAUAUUAUUCCAGCUGAGUCUUUUUGAAUGAUUUAUGACAUCACUAUGAGGACAAGUGAGUACAUUAAAGAAAUUCUACCAGAUACAUCUUUAAGGUUAAAAACAUGCAACUCCCUGAACUGCUGAGAAGUCCAAAACGACCAUUUUGUUGGGUAUGAUGUAUAUUACUUUCUAUGCAUAGAUUUAAGUGGGGUUAUAAUAUAAAUUUAUGAGAUUCCUUAGCAGCGUGUGACUCGGGUUGCUUGUACAUGUAGGUAAGGACAUUGAAGAUUAUAUUUGGCAUAUUUAUAUUGGUUGAAACUUUCUGCAAAAUUAAAUGUUCCCAAACACUUGAAAGGACAUUGUGAAAGAAUAUCAGUGAGCUAAUUUUUCUUCCUUCUCCUGCUAAUUACACUUAGUUAGAAUGAGCUAUACUGACCUAAUGCACUUUCCCUCAUUAUUUAGAUAGUUUCUUCACCUUUUGUGUUUUGUUCAGUGUGCACACUGAAAGUAGCUGUGUUAGCUGCUGGUUUCUCCCACAUACUGUUGCAGCCUUUUCUCAGGCUGCAGCAGAAGUAUUUUAACCUGUUACAAAAAAGACUUAGAAAGUACUUAUGCUAGUCAUAUUGGACCAAAUCUCUCCUGGAACAGCUGCACUGGCUACCUGUGUAAUUUAUUCAAUACCUAAGGCUUUCCAUGUGAUGGCCCCUCAGACGAGCUAAGAGUGCAAAGAACCUGGAGCAUCAGGUACAGGGAGGGUAAAGCAGGAGUCCGUGGAACUGUAUUAGGUGUCUGGUACCUGUUGGAACAAAGCUCUGGAAAAAAUGUAAUAUGAAGCAUCUUCUUCCCAGUCUGGAACUGCCAUGGUCCUCAGGAUCACUUGGUGUCCACAGCAUGAACAUUUGCACCCAUCUGUUGGUGUGGUUGAACCCUGCUGACCUGGCACUUUGGGACCAUUGCCACAGUUCAGACUGAUACAAAGUCCUGUUGCUGCUGUGGCCAGGAGUGCAGGUAUGUGUUCACCAGGACACUGCUGUGCUCUGUCAUAGGAAAUAAGUGUUUUGGCAAGACGAACAGGAGCUGAGAAGUGUGUGUGGUGGAGGAAAGUUUUGUGGUGGUGCUGGUGGUGGGUGCAGCAGGGGUGGGUUAGUGUUUGGGCUGGUGCUUGGCUACCAGGUGUGCUGGGCUUAGGGAGCUUCAUCAUAAAAAUGGCCAUUGCCUUCCAGUUUCCUGGUACUUGCAUUGACCUUGGGAGAGGAGUAGGACAAUGUCUGCAUUAUCAUAUGGAGUGGAAAAUGCAUAAGGUUUUAGCCAGUGUGUUAGGGAGACAGCAGUGGCUCAUCGUACAGGUCUCAGGUAGAUCUGCUGGUGAGACCAGCUGGUGCAGAAAUUCAGUUCUCUCCAUUCCUGUGACGGAGACAUUGCUAAAUGAGCUGUGCUCUGCACACAUACCUGCUUUCCUAGUUUGAGCUUUUGAUCCAUCGCGCUGACUGUUUUCUCCUCCCACAACCACUCUGCACUGAACAGUGUCUUUCAUGUUUGGAAAUAUUCCUCAGUGGCCUUGCUGAAGUUUAUCACUAGUGAGAUACGAUGGAAGGAGAGAUUACUAGAUCUUCAACUACAAAAUAUUGUUUGCCAUUUGAGAUUGGCAUAAUCACACACUUACCCCUGGUGGUCCAGCUGUGUUUCAUCUCUCCAGCUUUGUGCUGUGUUGCUGUGAAUCCAGGCAGCUUGGCAGCAGAUGAGAUGCAAGCUCUUCCAUUCUGAGACCUUCCUCCAGCUACAGUCUCCCUUCUUCACUAGCUUGGUCUAAGUUAAGGGGCUGGAAUGGACCUCUCAGUGACAUUUUUAACAUGCAUACAGAACCAUGUCUUGGCACACUUCAGAAAUAUUCAUCAAUCCACCAAGGGAACAGUCCUGUGCCUUCUUUGCCAAGAGGUGGAAAGGUUGUGGCACAGCCAUCAGGGUGAGGAAGAGUUUAGAAAUUCUGAGAACCAAUUCUCUGUCACCUGCUACCCCCCUGGGGACAUCCUUCCUGCAUGACUGUUGGUGUGAACUAUUUGGGCGAGUCCAUCUGCUGUCAGGCACAUCUUGAAACAACUUGUAGGAGCGAUCUGGUCCAGGCAUCAAGCAACGUGAAGACUCCAACUGUGUAUGCUCCUCUCUCUUUCUUUGACAGGACGUGCAAAUUUGUUGGCAGCCCUUGAGGUGAUCAAACUCUGGUGCAUUCCAAAACUCUUCUGUGUAGUGGAGGCAAUAUUUUAGCACAAAUCAGGACAAACUACCACAGGAGAUGGUAGCCCCUGCAUCCCUUGAAAGUCUUCAAAUCAAGAACGGGCAGCUUCCCAGAAGAUGUUUUUUCAUUAAAUGCAAUCUUAGUUAAUCAUACAAAUGUCUGACUGAAAAAGGCUUGUGUUAUAGAGGAAGUCAGGCUGGAUGAUAUAAUUGUUCUUCCUGUCGUUAUUAUAAAAACAGACGUUUACUCUGGGAGAGGAUGUAUUUAAACACAAGCUGUGUCUGCAUAAUAGCCUUAAAGUAUGUUAGUUAAACAUAUUCACGUGAUCCUUCCCAUUUUUAACCCAUUUUGGAUAACCUAAAAAGGCCAGUUAUAGAAAAUCAUCUUUACUGAUGCAGUAAAUUGCACAUUACCUCCUUCAUGCCCACAAUGGCAGCUACAUUGGUGUCAGCUACCUCAGGCUGUUCCAGAGACUGAACAAGUCAGACUCUGUUGCACGAAACCACAGGUUGGCUCUGGCUUUCUCUCCAUCGCAUUUGUGUGCUGUGCUGCCCAGUUUUCUGCCCCGUGGUGGGAAGACUGGCAAGGAAGGGGAGCUGCUGCAGGGGCAGCCUUGGAAACCAGAGGGGUGGAGAAAUGGUCACAAAAAGGGGGUGCAUCCAAGCUGGACCACUGAGGAGGUGAGCUCAUGUUGCGGUGACAGAGCUUCCCCUGCAGCUCGGAAAAGGCAAUACCUUAAAGAAACAUGAGAUGGGUCCCAUCCAUUCUGCCUCCAAACUGUACUUCCAUAGAUGUGUCUUUGGACUGAGUUUACAGCAUUUCUGUAAAUGCACCUUAGGCCAGUUCUUGAGCUAGGAAAGCCACGGUCAAGUGUGUUCUUUUGAAGCAAAUGUUACUGUAAAUAGCAUUGAGAUCAUUAUUUCUCAGCUUUCUUUAAAAGGAGCUUAGGAAAUUCUGCCCCAAAGGAAGACUCUCCUGCACCGUGCAGUGUUAUGGGACUGUUGCAUGUUCUUUACACCCACAGCAUGUGUUUUGACAGGGGUCAUUUGGGAGGUGAGGAGUGGAUGGGGGUAGAAAGGAAUAAUAAUUAAGCUUGUCACUGCUGGAGGGAUAGUGUGCAUUGUGCACAAUGAAAUUUCAGGUAGAGAUGGGCAUGAUUUUUCUGCAUGAAAAAAGAUUAUUUUAAAAAAAUGUGCUUUUGAGAGAACAACCAUUAUUUACAUAUCCAAGUUCAAUCUGGCAAAUUAUUUAGUACAAAAAAAAAAAGUGGAUAAUAUUGGAAGAGUUGAAAAUGCUUGUUUCAGUCCUUUUAGGAUGAAUCAUUUCAAUAUUCGAAUUUCAAAGUUCAUUUAAUUUCAAAAUAUAAUAAUUAAAUAGCCUUCAUUUGACAUAAAAAAAAUAACCUGGGCCCCGAAAGUAUUUCAGGUCUAUGUUAAUUGAAAUUUUCCAAAUUUUGCUAUUUAGUGUCAUAUCCACCAUUGUUAUCCACCAUCUGGUUAAUUCAGUUCCAGCAUGUCAGGAAGUUGCAUUAGAGAAAGCUUGACAGUAUCUACUUAAAAGAAAGUUAGCAGCUAUGGAGGAAUAGGAAUCUUUAACAUAAUGCUACUGGUUCAUCUAAAAGUAUAAGAAGAUAAAUAAAAUGGAGAAAUAAGUAAUCUUGAAUGCUAGGAGCACUCUCUUAGAGUGAGACAUCUUGGUUGAUCUUACUUGCCAGUCUAUCUAAUCGGUUGGCAAUGCCAACUGUUAGUCUAUAAAACUGUCGUUCAGAGCAGAAGGGAGAAAUGCUCUAUGUUUUCUCAAUAUAGAAAAAAAUUGGACAAAGCGACAGAGACUAUAUUAAGAACAAUUUGGCACCAGUCUGGGUGGGCAGAACAUGCAAAUCUCAUGGAGGAGAUGACUAGAAGGUGGAUUGUCUUGUCAGUUUUGUUAUAGGAGGCUGUGGGUUAGAGGAGAGCCUCACCUGAAAUUUUAACAGUCAACCAGAUCUUUAUUUUUAGGGAAACACGUUCUGUGGAGGGAAGCAGGCUGAUAGGAAAGUCCUGUUGUCUAGCCAGGUCUGGCCUUGCUAUGCUUAGCAUCUCAUACUUAUGCAUGAUAUACUACAUGGCGGGACAAGGGGAGCAUGUGUUAAUUUUCUUUAGGCAGCUGAGCAGGGUGAGCACCACUGCUGGGGCUGUCCCUGCCCUGCCCCAGCCCCGACAACAAGACGUGUCUGCAGAAACAACCCGCAGUGGAACAGGCAGAGAUGCUCAUGUACUCCUUGCUGUCUUUGGCCCUCAGUUAACCACAGCUGACCCAAAUGGGAAGCAGCCCGUUCAGCAGAGUGGCUGGUUGUACCGGUCUGCCUGCCAGUGUGGGGAGCCAGAGCUGCUCAGAGGUCACCUGGAAGCGUGACAUGUCACUGCACCUAAGCAGAGUUACAAAGGACGGGGUUUAUUUCCACUUAGAACAGGGAUUGCAGCACCGCUGUGGGCAAGUACCCAAACUCUCUGUGCCUCACUUCUGGAGAAAAGGCAGGAUGGCAAUUCUUAGCUGUUUCUGUAAAGCACUUUGAGUCCGCUAACAGCAUGCAAGCUCUGGGUGCUGCCGUUUACCGCAGUGCUGCAGAGCCAGGCGGUAGCAGAGCCAGCAGAGCCAGCUCUUCCAUGCUGCUUCCUACACUGCUUAUUUGUGCCAGCUGUGGGCCUGUGACAGGUGAUGGAAGCAGGUGACAAGACAGGAGCUGGAUGCCAAAGGCCCAAGACCCUGCAGAAGAAAUUAAAUGGUUUAGUUACCAUGGCUGUGCAUCUCCCCUGGUUAAAGAGUUCAGGACCUGGGACUGGCAGGCAACUAAAUCCAUCUUCAAUGGUGAUACAAUUACUAACAAUGACCUCCAGUCCCAGCAGUAGUUAAAUGGCUUUCCAGGGCAGGCACCAAACCCGGUCUGGCAUACGUAAGAUAAACUCAGAUUUGCUGGAGGGGAAAGGACAGAAGGGGCGUCUCUGGUCUGAAGGGGACUGAUCUAUGAGUGCAGCUUCCCAUCCCCUGCUCCCCAUCUCAUCCCAUGGCAGUGCAGGCUCUGGCUGCCUCCUUUCUACCAGUGCUGGUGUCACCAACCAGGGCCAGAGCAUCAAGUCCCUGCUCCUGGGGAGUAGUUUUGCAGCAAGGGUGCUGGCACUGUCCCAGCUCUGUCCCCUGCAGUGCCAGUGGGGGCACAGGAUCUCACUGCACUGCAGACAAGGGCAAGAGUGACCAACACUACCAGACAGUGUCUCUGGCCCAUAGGGGACAGUGAGUAUCUGGAAGGAGCCAGGCUGCAAGGUAUGUGAGCACAAUUUGGCCAGUUCUUAGCAGGAGGCAGAGGAGAGGUCCCAUCCCAUCCCGUCUCUUUAGCUGCACUGCUCCGGUGUUUGCUGAGUCCCACCACCCCUAUGCAUUGAGGCACUUGACUAGGGGAGGGGGAGGAGGGAGGUAAACAAUAGCAAUUACUUUGGGGGAACAGAAGAGCUUUUAGGGUUUACCCUCUUAUUGCAUAAAUGUCAGUAAGAAUGCCAGGCAUUUUGCAGCUGGGGAAUCAAGCUAAUAGCUUAUUAAUGUUUGGAGUGUGUUUCUGCCACAUUGGAUGAAAAUGUGAAGUUCUAUUACAGUAUUCACCCGUGCAUUUAGAAUAUACAUUGUUACUGAUGUUUUGAAAUCAGGAAACUACUAUUUCCAGAUCAGCUUACCUCCCUUUGCAUGCAUAAAGUGAACAAUAAAACACUUCAUACCUGAAAAUUGCUGAUUUUUCAGGUAUUGAUAUUUUCUUUCAGACUCCUGUCAGUCUAGUCAUCCAUCUGAUUCAGUUCAUUGUAACAAACUGUAGGUUUCACCUCCACAGUGAAUCAGGAAACGCUUCCUCUCUCCCCACUUUUCAGAAGCCAAGGAGAGAGAAGGGCAGGUUUUAUUCUUUGUGUUCUGAAAGACUGAUAAAGAUGACAAGUCCAUUUCAUGUUCAUCUCCUUUCUGUGUCUUGGAUGAUUGAACUGGUUGGCUGGCAGAGGGCCCCUUUUUGUAGCAGUCUGAAGGGUCUUUGUUAGCAUGUCUCACUGGUGCAUGAGAUACCCCAGUCUGGAGUUUUGUCUCCUUGGAUAGCACUCUUCUUGCUGUUGCCAUAUAAGACUUUGAAACUGCUAAUUCGCAUCAAGGAACCAUGUGCCUUCAGCCCUGAAAAUCAAGAUAAGGAUUUGCCUUAGAUUCCUCAAGAUUUUCUGCCAGAAAGGCAGAAAUCCCUCUGCCCAUGAAUUCUGCUGGAGCACAGAUCUGUUUCCAACCCAGACACCUGCUGCUGCUGGACUCAGGACUGCAUUUUGAUGGCCACUACACACUGCCAGGGCAAACUUUGCCAGAAACAGUAAAAGGGAAGUAUCUGCUAGAAAUCAAAGGACAAGACAUGAAUGUUAUGGCUGAUGGACUCUUCCUUCAUAGCUCUUCUAGGAGUAUUAACACGUGAGAUGUGCCCCUGAAUCCUUUUGGAAAGGCAAUAGCAAGUGCAUGAGGCGUUUCCAAGUGUCAUCUUCUUUGAGCUUCAUUACAGAAUAUCCUUCAUUGUUCAUUCUCAAUUUUCUUCUCUUACAAUAUAUUUCUGGACUUUGGAGACAGUGUGUACCAAAGCUGAUUUGAUGGGUCUAGAGCAAUUUGGAAAUAGAGAUAGGUCCAAACCAAACCAUCAGCUUUCCUCCCCCCCUUAGAAGUGUUCAACAAACCCUUUUGAUCAUUGCAGGGAAUAAAACUCGUGUGCUGACUUAAUCCCAACUCAUCAUUAAGAUCACACAAUAAUUCAUAAAGACUCUUUCGUAGUCAUAAAAUGUUCUUCAAAAAUGCAGAGAGAAAUGUUUCUUCUUUACCUUGAUGGCUUUCCAUUUUUGGGGCUGCAGCAGAGAUCAACAGUCCUUCUGUUUACUCUGGUUUUCUUCCAGCACCACAGCCUGGGUCACCAAUGAUGGGGACUGGCCUGAGAAUAAUUUAUUUCAUUGAAUUGCAGAAGAGAGGUUCAAGAGCAUUUAAGUAAAUUGUCAUCUGUGCUAGACAGCCAGGUCUUCUAGGAACCAGAAAUUUGUGUACAUGAUAAGUAAUUGCUUCAGCUUUUCUUCAUCUGCCACUUCAGACUGAGUGUGCCAUUGGUAUAUACAUGAUUUUUCACUAGAAGUGGUUGCAAAGAAAAACAUCAACAACUAAAAUUGGGGGUGAGGAAGACUGAGUGUUGAUCCUAUAUUUGACUUCAGGACAACAUUGUCCCCAUUAUUCAAAAGAGAAAGAGAAAGAUAAAGAUAAAUCUGUGAUAUCAUAGUGGAUCUCUCAGAUAAAAACUGUGAUGCCAUCAAUUUUUAAAUACACUUUUUAAAUGCUCAAAUAAUUAUCCCAAAAUAGUGGCAUUCCCAUUAACACAUUGGUAGAACGUUACUAUGUGAUACUGAAUUUUAAUUAGUCCAGCGCAGAGCCACGAAGAUGAUUAAGGGAGUGGAGCAUCUCCCUUAUGAGGAAAGGCUGAGGGAGCUGGAUCUCUUUAGCUUGGAGGAGACUGAGGGGUGACCUCAUUCAUGUUCAUAAAUAUGUAAAGGGUGAGUGUCACAAGGAUGGAGCCAGGCUCUUCUGGGUGACAACCAAUGACAGGACAAGAGGCAAUGGGGACCAACUGGAUCACAAGAGGUUCCAUUUAAAUUUGAGAAGAAACGUCUUCACAGUGAGGGUGACAGAACACUGGAACAGGCUGCCCAGGGGGGUUGUGGAGUCUGCUUCUCUGGAGACAUUCAAACCCUGCCCAGACACAUAUCUGUGUAACCUCAUCUAGGUGUUCCUGUUCUGGCAGGGGGAUUGGACUAGUUGAUCUUUUGAGGUCCCUUCCAAUCCCUAACAUUCUGUGAUUCUGUGAAUUAGGAGACUUUGUUAUAUAUGCAAAUAGAUGUGUAUUUGUGUAUUAUAAUAAUGAUUAAAUAUGGCUCACCUAUCAGGAAUAGAUCCACAGUCCUAUAAUAAGUGUUACUCACCUUGAAGGAAAAGAAGGAAGAGGGAGAAAAGCUUAAUUGUUUUGCAAAGGUGUGUCAGCAUUCUAACAAACCAAGGCAAAACAUUAUCCUUUACAACUUAAUCCCAUUUGGAGCAUGAUUUUUCGACACAUUAAAUACUACCAAUACUCUAAAAGAUAGGACAGAUUCUCAGCUGCUCUCAGUCAGCAUUCCUCAGUUGACUUUAAGCCAAGAGGUUGGACUGGUGUCUUAAAGAGGCCUAGUCUGAGUAGUCUUAGACUUCAGUCUCUAUCAAAAGAUGUGUGCUGCUUAAUAGUCGAGCACAUCUAACAUAUGUAAGAAAAUAGGUGUUUCUAUCCCAGAUGAUAUCCCAGGUCUGUUUACACUUGGUUCUGGUGAUGUCACAGGCUCCAAAGGAAAGUGAAAAUCUCAGCAAAAGGUUAUGAUGGAGCAGUCAGCAACCAGGGCAAAUUUCUUUCUCACUCCAUGGAGCUUGGACUUGACUCCUCAGUUUUUAGUGUAUUGGCUUUUGAUUUUCUGUAAACAACCCCUUACUGCUAUAUCAGGAAACAGUCAACAGCAGGGCAUGAUUUUCCUCUUCUCCCUCUCUCACCCAUUUCUAAUCUGUUCCACUCCUUUUGAUCUCUCUGUCUUCUCACAUGGAAAUAUUUUACAGCCCCUAUCAUUUUUAGCACCUGCCCCUGGAGUCAGUCCUCUUCAGCAUCAUUUGCUCUGAGACAGGCUGAAGUGAAAGUUUGCACAACCAGGAUAUGCCAUAGAUUUACCAAGUGGUGCUUAAACCUUCUAAGCUUUACUUCUUCCCCAACAUUAUGUCGUGACAGUGUCCUUGCCUUUUAGCCAUCCUGUGAGCAAGCCCGUUGUCACCCCUGGGAUAUUUUUUCCUUGUGGUUAUUGCUCAUCUCAAAGGAACCUGUUUUACAGCCAGUGAAGCCACGCAGCCUCGCUGCCUGCACACACACUUGCCCUCCUUCCCCCAGUGCUCCAGCUGGGGACGUGGUCAGGCUGCCGGCACAUGAGAUCACAUCCAGCACAGCUACUCCCUGGAAGCCAAAGUGUUGCUUAGUAACCCACUCAUGGAAGUACCAGAAGCAUUUUUCAAUCUGUCACGUUGGCAAAAAACACUGGCUUCUUGAUUUAGAGGCAUUCUGCUGUGCGUAGCAGGGCUGUGCUCCAUUACCUUGGAUCCAGUGCUGUCUGCAAGUGAGGAAACCAACCUCCCGUUGAAUGGACAGGCUGAGGGGGGAUGAGGACAGAAGAGAUUUGCCCAGGAUUGCAUGUGACGCCAUUAGUUGGUUCUCCUGGCAUCUAGUCUUCAUCUUAAUUCCCUUCCCAUGGGAGAUAUUCCCUCCUUUGAAAGUACACUCCGGGGUCCUAUAACAAUUGGCCAAACAGGACCCUGCAGCACCUUCAUCUAUUAUGAGACAUUACUGUAAUAAAACAUGGUGUGUCAUACGGAAACUGGAUGAGGUAUUGCAAUAUUUAUGUUGUAAGCCUCAGUGUCAUGGACAAUUGCUACAGAAUAAUGUAUGUCUUUUUUUAAUGCAGUGGAAUCACAGCAGCUUCACAAGAGCACACAGAACACAGACCAUCUGGGAUUACAUGGUGUCCUCAGUUAUUUUCAAAUUAUUCUGUUACAGAGAGUUAAAUGAAAAACAUCCUCUCAUUUAAAAAUAGACUGUAAAGGCUUUUAGGUUACUUCCCUUCCCCUUUUAGGAAUAACUCAAUUUGUGAGCAAAACAUCCAAGAACUGUGUUCUGACUUCAGAGGCUUCAUCCUUUAUCUGGCACUGGUUUGUCUGUAAAAAUGGCUUCAAAAAGUAACUUGAGGGCUUUUAUUUGACAUACCUUAUUGAUUUUGCUAUAAAAUCUCUUCAGUUUGGAAGUGAAAAGGUAUUUUAAACAAUGCCCAUCUUUCAUCUCUGGGGUCCAGCCGGGCUUUUCCCAUUCUGCUUCUUGUCAUCAGAGAGGAAAGAGCCAUAGUCUUUGUCCAGUCACGGUACCACCCAUUUCUGUGGCGCACCUCUUGUUAUCAGAUUGCGUCCUGGAAGCUCUGUGCAAAAAGCUGAAGAGGUUUCAUAAGAGUCAGGGAAGGUCUGGAGUAGUCUGAAAACAAAGUUGUUAAGACAAGUGUUCCCCAGAGGCUCUUCUGGUCUUCAGAGAGUUUCUUAGCUGGGAGGAUGCUCAAUGCUGCAGUGAGGAAAUCAGCAAUGGUUGUUUCUUGUGCAAAGCCCUUUCAGUGCAGGGUCAGUGACACACACAAUGGUUGUGCGCUACUGCUUGACUCAGCCUAAAGAUGAAAAAACAUCCCACAGCACGAGAAGCUCCUGACUUGAUUUCUGAGGACUUCUGAGAAAGUGAGUAUAUUCCUGUGGUCCUUCCUGAUUUAACAGAUAAAUUUGGUUAAGUCUUUCAAUUUUAUUGCAUAUAGUUGCAUUUUCAUUGCAUGUAGUUUAAGAAAUACAGCAAGUGAUCAAAAAAUGUUUCCGAUGACUGGUGUGUGGCCAGUGUAAGUGCAAUUCAUGACCCACUGUGGGUCCAAGUGCAGAAGUGUCUACAUCACACAACUAUUCAAAAUGAACUGGCUUCUCUAGGAAGCAGGGAGCAUUUUUGGCAGGGGAGCCAGAGACUAUGAAGGCUCGAUCAACAUUUUAAUUCUUAGAACUGGCUGUGCCAGCUCAGAACUGAUGGAAAUCUUGCCCUUGUAAUGCUUUGCUCUGUGGAAAGAGGAUUCCGAGAAGCACUAAGUGUACAAUGCAUUGCUUGUUUUAAAAGUAGCAGGAUAUCUAUUUUCAGUUUUCUAAUACCUUGACCUUGAUGUUUGUUCAUAAUUAAAUAGUCUUGUCUUACCAGCAAGACAUUGAAGCAAAAGAACUGUUGUUAUAAAGAGAGUGGGCUAGGGAAGAGCAGGUGGACAGGGUAACUUCUAGGCAAUACCGAGAAAGCACAACUGUUCCCUGUAGUCACAUGGGAAGAACACCUCUUCUGCACGUUCUGCACAUUCUGCAAGAUAAAAUUAUUUGAGCUGAGAUUUUAGAGGAACUGAGUUAGUCAGCUGCAAAGAAGGGGAUAUUCUACUAAUUUUUGUUCUUGCUGUUCAGUUUUUGUGGUUUCUAUCUGCUUGUAUACCCACAGUCUUCUUUUCAUUAUUAGGCAUUAUCUAGGUUAUCUCUGUCUCACCUAACAGGGAUCUGCCUGCCCUUAUGGAAAGAAUAAAAUGUGGGUUGGAACCUGCUCCACUUCCUCUGCCUAUACACGACACCUGUGUAUGUUGAGUGACUGCAGCAUAGUGGCUUUUGUAAUGCAAUAACUGUGGUGUCAAGAUAAUGUGAUUGGAGAAAACUAGGAAUACUUUAAACAACGUGAAUAGAAAAAUGAAAGUACAUGAAAUGGUCAUAGAACUGAAGACAUUUUCUUACUCUUAGCCACCACCGUGUUUUCUACAAUAUGCCAACCUCUGCCUCCUAAAUAACCUUUUAUCCUCUUUCCAGAAAAACUUGACUUUUGUUUCUUUACUCUGAGCUGGAGCCAUUGGUGUUUAGUCUUUUCAUAACGUGCUGAUGAAUUGAAAAGCCAGCCUCGACAUAGGUUUGCCAGCUUCCAUAGAUUCCCAGCAAAAUAAUUUAAUGCCAGUCAGUGAAUAGCCUGGAGGACUUUUGGAUGCUGCUGACUGAAGUGUGCGGUUGAAAUUUUGGUCCUUGGGACAAUAGUGAUUAGGAGGUUUUUCUAUCAAUGCUUGUGAGAAAAACCCAGGAGUCUCAGGUGAAAUUGAUUGUCCUGUUAGUCACAUGGCAAGCAGGGAGGCAAGCCAGAACAAGCGAGCGAGAGGAAAAAUAAGGCCUCCUCCCUGAGUAAUACCCCAGAUAUCACUCCUACUUCAUAGAAAAAACCCUUCUGUGGCCAGCCCUGGGGUGGCAAGUAGGUGUGUUCACAAGGCUGGAGAGACACGUCACUGUAGCAUCUUUGUCACUGUGUCUUUGAUUAUGUAAAUGUACCAGAAUAGGAGAAAAAUGCCAGUAAUUUCUUUAAAAAAAAUUCCUUUUCAGCUAUGUAGACUACCUCCAGGUUGCCUAUUGCUAUCCCCUGUGAGGCCUCAUUGGAGUUUACACUAUGUUGCUUGAUAUUCAUUUACUUUUUGGCGGCCACAGAAUAAGGUUACAGGUUUGGGAACCAGUACGUAAUUGCAAGGACAGCUUCUUGUGUUAUUUUUUUCCCCUUUCCCUCCUUUGUAAAGUGUGAACCUUUCUUUUGAACUUUGAAGUGACUGUAUCGUUACAAUGUGUGUAUGUAGAGAUUUGUUUUGACAUGGCUUGUGUGGAGGACCUUUGCUCCUCUUAUCUCACGCUCGGUUUUAUUAAGUGCUUGGUAACUUUACCAGCCUUUUGUGGGGGAGGAGAGGAGAUGGAGUGGGUUCUUCCACUUCAAAACUUGGUGUUUUUUUCAAGGGAAAUUUGCCCAGCUUUACGUAGAGUGGUAUGAGAACCCAGGGUGCUCCUGACUGCUCUUCAGUCAUCCUGAUCUGAUUUCUUCCAGGAGAAAGAGAUCAGUCUUGAAACCCUCAGAAAAAAAUAUGUUGCUUAGUGCUAUAAACCAGCACUGACCAAGAAGGCCCAUCAGUUUGUCAUGUAUGGAAACUUGCAUGAUGUUUCUCCCCCAUCCGAAGGUGUCUAUCUGAGCACAGAGUGAAUCACACCCUUUGCUCAUGACAACAGACAUUGCUCCAUGGAUGCACAUGGAAGCACAGCUUGCACCAGCCAAGGACCAGCUCUUCUGUGUUUUGGUGGUUAGGAAACCCGUGUGUGAAACUCUCAGUGAGAGAAGAGGGCAAUGAGUGUUGGAAAUCCCUCAACUUUGCAGGGUUUCUUUGGUAUUCAUACACAUUUGCAAGAAUGUAUUCCAAGCAUCUUGUACUGUUAUUAGUAACUUGUACUGUAGUUUGUUAGCAGUGUUGACUACCUACGUAGCUAAUAUUCUGUUGCAAAUUAGAAAAAGUGUAAAUGAUUGCAAAAACCAGGAGUUUAGAACUUGUAUGUACCUUUUUUUUUUUUUUAUAUUAAAGCACUUCAAUUAAAAGUACAAGGAAAAAAUG